UCUAAAAACUCCAAAUUUUACUUUUAAGCUAGCAUUUUAUGUAAAAUGUAAAAAAUGUGGCUUUCAUAGGUUUCUCAUGGAUCAUAAAUCUCUUGUUGUAUAUUAACUUAAAAAGACCUAGUCUAAGAAGAACAGAAAUUAGCACUGAACUUUCUGAAUGGAACAGAGGAGUGAGUUCUUACAAGCAGAGAAUAGAAACCUAAUCACAGAAUUGUAGGACAACAAACAUAAUGAAGAAAUAAAAAACCAGAGGAUGCUCUAAAAAGUCAGAGUUGCACUUCUUUCACACAGAAAAUCCUCUACCCUAAUCAGUCGUGCUAAAAAAGCGUCCCUUCUUUCCGCCAUUUAAAUCCCCUUCACUAACCUCCUCGUUUCACACCAUGUAACAUGUGGUUCCCAAAGAUUAUCCAGCCAGGCAAUCUCUCCUUCCUGUGGUUGUCAAAUUUUCGAGUUAACUCAGAAUCAGCUAGUUUCCGACUUUAGGUAUCAAAAUUGAGUUAACUUGUUUACAAUUAUUAUUUUUGUAUAAAAUUGACUAGCCUUUAUAGACUUGUGAGUUUGACAACAAUUGAAUGAGUCUAACAAAUGGUUAUUUUCCCCUGACAUGCCUAAAAUUAUAGUAGUUUUUUUAUUCUUCAUAAACUCAAAAUACAACAGCUGAAGGAUACAACAACAUAGUGCACACAACAUUAGUCUUGGAGUUAUAGUACUUGACACUACAAAUUGCUAUAAUAUCCCAUCAUGAACCCAUCUGCGAAAAAAAUGAACAAUGUUGUAUUGAGUAUUAACCCCAUAGCUCCGAGCACGAAUAAAGUCACAAACCGGAAAACAUGACAUGAAUAAACCCAUCACUACAAGUUUGCAAUGAAGCCAAAAGGCCACCAAGGUGAAUGAACCCAGAGUAUUAACCCCAUAGCUCUGAGCACGAAUAAAGUCACAAACCAGAAAACAUGACAUGAAUAAACCCAUCACUACAAGUUUGCAAUGAAGCCAAAAGGCCACCAAGGUGAAUGAUCCCAACUCUGACGAGUUGAAACCUAGCUUAGAAUCCUUCUCAAACAAGGAGAAUUCAGUCCCUCCAUCCUUGGCCCUUUAGUAUUUUUUAACUCUGAUUUGUCAAUUAGUCCAUCAGUAAUGGUAUGGUUUUUUCUGGUGUCAGUUAUUUUCCCUUUUUAAUUUGACAUGAUUUAUGUAUUCACGAAAUUUAAUUACGACCUCGAUAGUGCUUAUUAUUUCACUUACUGUCUCUUGAAUCCUCGAAUCAUCUUAAACAAGAAAGCUAACUCUAGUUUCCUUUGCAACGCUAAUCGAACUCGUCGAAUAUGAUAACUCACAAAAAGCACAAACGACAUCACAGAAUCUGCGUUUUGGAAACGUGAAACGCAAUACAGUGUAUUGUUCUUCUAUCAAUGGAGUUGGAGUUCGAUCCGAUCCCAAUCGGUUCGUGCUCCAAAGAGCAUCACAACAUUUACCAGCAAUGGUUCAAUUUCGCUGAUUCAGAUAGUGAUGGACGCAUGACGGGGAAUGAUGCCACCAAGUUUUUCGCUAUGUCUAAUUUGUCCCGUCAAGAUCUUAAACAGGUGUGGGCUAUUGCAGAUUCAAAGCGACAAGGUUAUCUAGGUUUCCAAGAGUUUAUCAUUGCUAUGCAGGUAGUUUCUUUGGCACAAUCUGGACACCCAAUAACACAUGAUCUGCUGAAUAGUGAUGUUGAUUUGAAAAAUCUGAAACCUCCCAUAAUGGAGGGUUUGGAUGUAUUACUAGCUAAAAAAAAGCAUAAACAAAAAGACACUGAUGUAAAUGGUAGUCCUCAGUUACAGCUAUCACCAUCAAGCAGUUGGUUUUCUUCGAAGUCCACAAAAAAGGUGCCACUUUCCUCUGUGACAUCAAUAAUUGAUGGCUUGAAGAGACUCUAUAUCCAGAAGUUGAAGCCUUUAGAAGUUACUUACCGCUUUAAUGAUUUUGUCUCCCCAUUAUUGACAAAUAGUGAUUUUGAUGCCAAACCUAUGGUUAUGCUUUUGGGUCAAUAUUCAACUGGUAAAACAACAUUUAUCAAACAUCUGCUUAAAUGUGGUUAUCCAGGUGCACAUAUUGGACCUGAGCCUACAACUGAUAGGUUUGUUGUUGUCAUGUCUGGACCUGAUGAGAGAAGCAUUCCUGGAAAUACUGUUGCUGUCCAAGCAGACAUGCCGUUUAGUGGACUUACAACUUUUGGCACAGCUUUUCUGUCAAAAUUUGAGUGUUCACAAAUGCCUCAUCCGCUACUGGAGCACAUUACAUUUGUGGACAGUCCUGGAGUUCUAUCUGGAGAAAAGCAACGGACACAACGAGCAUAUGAUUUUACGGGUGUAACAUCUUGGUUUGCUGCAAAGUGUGAUUUGAUACUCCUCUUGUUUGAUCCUCACAAACUUGAUAUUAGUGAUGAGUUCAAUCGCGUGAUAACUUCUUUGCGGGGACAUGAUGACAAAAUUCGAGUAGUUUUGAACAAGGCAGAUCAAGUUGAUACUCAGCAACUGAUGAGGGUUUAUGGAGCCUUAAUGUGGUCACUCAGGAAGGUGCUGAACACACCUGAAGUCACUCGUGUGUAUAUUGGCUCCUUUAACGACAAGCCUGUAAAUGAUGCUGUCAGCGGUCCAAUCGGAAAGGAACUGUUUGAAAAAGAACAGGAAGACCUUCUUUCAGAUCUGAAAGAUAUACCAAAGGCGGCUUGUGAUCGAAGAAUCAUUGAAUUUGUUAAAUGAGCCCGAGCAGCCAAGAUACAUGCUUACAUUAUCGGUCAUCUUAAAAAGGAGAUGCCUGCGAUGAUGGGCAAAUCUAAAGCUCAGCAAAAACUCAUUGAUAACUUGGCAGGUGAAUUUGGAAAGGUACAAAGGGAGUUCCAUUUACCUCCUGGUGACUUUCCAAAUGUUGAGCAUUUCAGAGAGAGCUUGCGUGGUUAUAAUAUCGACAAGUUUGAGAAAUUGAAGCCAAAAAUGAUACAAGUAGUUGAUGACAUGCUUGCCUACGACAUUCCUAACCUCUUGAAGAAUUUUAAGAAUCCUUAUGAUUAAAUUUCUUAGCACUUAAUCCAUUGAUGAGUUGAUUUAGUUGCAGUGACAUUUGUAGUAUACUAAUAUUGCGGGUUAUAUCCAGUAAAAAGAAUAAUCUUACGGGUUAUUGAUGUAAUACACCCUGGUCCCUAAUCCCAUUUUCUGUAGUAGAGUUUUAAUGUUCAUAUAUGAACUUUGUAUUGUAUUCUUUAUCAGUGUCAUCAGCAACAAAGUUUCAAAAUAAAAAAUAAAGUGAAACCACAAUUAUUUGUCGGGUUAGACA